AUGCGGAGAAAGCUAAUUGCCAGUCGAUUCAUCAACAUCUUUCUUUUGGCACUUCUGUGCUACCUAAUAUUUAUAUUCCGCUUCGAUCGGAAACAAGGCAAAAGUAUAAGAGAAGUAACCCAGAUUUCAGUCGUUGAAGAAGAUGAAUUCUUUGUCAACACCUCGGGAUGUCAAAUAAGUUCGACGGCGGCACUUUCGGAAUUCGCAUUGCCCUUUAUGGAACCGCUUAAACCAAUUGUUUGCCGCAUGGUGCAGCUGAUGAUCACGGAGACAAUUGGAGGUAGAAAUUACCUAAAGCGAAAUAUAUCAGAAUCUGACCUUUCCACAUGCUGUCGUGUUUUACGCUGGAGAGAUGUGUCCUGCAUAUAUCGGGAAUUUUUGAGGGCUGAUGACUCAUACAACGAGUACCAAUCCUUGAGGUUUUUCAAGCUAAGCGAACAAUCGAGAUACCUUGAGGUGGGAACUGGUCAGCAAAACAUUCGCACUUGGUGUUGGGUGGACUUUGCCAGGAUCAUUUUUCAUGACGUCCUGUACUUUUUACCAGCCCCGCCAAAAGCUUCCAGCAAGUCUGCCCUCAAGAAAAAGUUGUCUGUGAUGAUCUUGGGUGUCGAUUCUAUUUCUCAUAUGCACUACCUUCGCUACUUUCACCAAGUGGCCGACUUUAUCGAGCACUUGCCGCACACCGAAUUCUGGGGCUACAAUCGAAUCGGGUUAAACACCUAUCCCAACCUAAUGCCACUUGUCAGUGGUCUUAACGUUCAUGAGAUGGAGGAGUCUUGUUACAACGGCAGACCAAACUUUGACAAUUGCACUUUUUUGUGGAAUCUUUUCAAGAAGGCCGGUUACAGGACCAUUUUUGCAGAAGAUACAGAUACAGCUGGAUUAUUUAUCUACCUAAAGAAGGGAUUCAAGAAGCAGCCCACUGAUCUGUACAUGCGUCCUCUGAUGACCGAGAUCGAAUCUCAUUCAUUAUAUCGCACAAAGUUGGACCUUAAGUGCACUGGGCAUCGGCUAUAUGGAAAUUUUUAUUAUGAAUUCGUCUUGAGUCUAAUUCCACACAUUCAACGCAGUCCGUUUUUCUCAUUUUUGUGGAAUAUGCACGGCAUCCACGACUAUUUUCCCUAUGCCAAGUUUGUGGAUAAGGAGUACUUGAAUAUAUUGACCAGGUUCUAUGAAGAGGGAGUAAUGGAUCACACUCUGAUCCUCUUUAUGGGUGAUCAUGGUUUGAGGUUCGACCGAUUUGCUAGAACUGCUCCGGGACAACAUGAAAUGUCGCAGCCUCUCUUGAUCGCCAUCUAUCCGGAAUGGCUGAAAAGGAAAUUCCCCCUGGCCAUGUCCAAUUUUCAGCGGAACGCCAGGAGUCUGAUAACGACUUUUGACCUGCACGAAACCCUCAAAGAUGUGAUCCAUCUAGAUCGACUAACCGAUGCUAGUGUGAAGAACCGAACGCUAUUUCUUGAAAACAGUCGUGGGAUCAGCUUGUUUCUGCCCAUUCCAGAGCGUAGAAAUUGCCGUUCCGCAGAUAUACCGCGACAUUAUUGCCUCUGCAAUGAGUUGAAAACGAUGUCUAUCUACAAGAGUUCCGUACAAGAGGGUGCCCAUUUUGCGGUGGACAGGAUUAAUGAGCUAAUCAAGCCAUAUCCUCAGUGUCAGAAAUUGGAGCUAAAGGAAGUUCGCGCUGCCUAUCGCGCUAAAGAUGAAGCCAGAGGAGACUACAAGCUGUCGCAGAUUUUGGUUCGCCUGAAAACAACGCCAGGAAACGGGAACUUUGACGCAACCAUUCUUAUAACACUCCUUAAUGGCGAGAGGGUGGAUAUGAAACUGGGAGGUCCUGUGACAAGGACAGACAGAUACGGCUAUCAGUCGUAUUGCGUUCAAAACUAUCGCAUUGAAAUGUAUUGCUAUUGCUUAUAA